AUGGUGAAAAAUGCAACGAGUAAUAAUAGGGGUAAUGUCAAUGCCCUUAAACUGAAGUUUGUGCUUUUCAUGGAAGAAAGAUCAAAGGCAAAGAUCAUCGAAGAGCCUAUUGAUGACACGGGAAAAUCGAUGGAUUUUAUUAUCGAGCAAAGAAAUGCUGGCAAUUCCAAGGCUGUGAAUGUCACUAGCUCUAACAGAAUAGAUGCAGGGAUCAAUCAUGGGAAAUCUAAUGACAAUAACGGGGAAAUUCUUAAGGGAAAACCUAGUAGCAUGACAGUCGGUGAAGUUGCUGAACAAGCUAAUGAAAGCAACAAUAGUGCUUCAAAUUUUGAAUCUGAGAUGGAGCAUGCCCUAGAGGUUAUUUUCUCGUUUGUUCCCACCCUUGUUCUUAAAUCCGCCAUACUUCUCAAUAUUCCUGAUAUUAUUGCAAGUGCGGGCGCCAAUGCAUCCCUUUCUCUUGAUGAGAUUGCCGCAAAACUCCCUACUGAAUCUCCCAAUCUGCAUCACCUUUCUCGUAUUCUCACAUAUCUCUCUAUCAAGGGCAUUUUUGUCCAAACUCAGACAAGCAACAACCCAUCUGAUAUUCGAUAUGGGCUCACUGAUUUUGCAAAGAGGUUUUAUGUUAGGAAGAAUAAUCCAGUAAGCCUUGUGCCACUCCUCCUCAUGCAAGCACACCCAGUGUUAAUGGCGCCGUGGCACCAUCUUCAUGAGUGUGUGCUUCAAGACUGCAAUGCAUUCGAGAAGGCUCAUGGAAAGGACUUGUGGGCAUACGAGAAGGAUGAUCCAGCUGUCAACGAUGUUUUCAACAAUUCCAUGUCCACGCUUACAGUUCUUGCUAUGGGGCAAAUCCUGAGCUGCUAUGAUGGUUUUAAGGAGGUGAAAACUUUGGUUGAUGUGGGCGGAGGAAAAGGAACGGCCUUAGCACACAUUGUGAAGGCUUAUCCCCACAUUCAUGGAAUUAAUUUUGAUCUUCCUCAUGUUGUUCAGACUGCUCCAUCAAUUCCAGGUACAUCUACUCUAUUUCUUCCAUACUUUCCAAAAACUGUGGAUCAGAUCGAGAACGUGGGUGGCAGCAUGUUUGAUAGCAUACCCAUUGCAGAUGCCAUAUUUUUAAAGAAUGUAUUAAUAGACUGGGAUGAGGAGAGUUGCCUACAGAUACUUGGAAAUUGCCACAAGGCUUUGCCUGAGAAUGGAAGACUCAUAGUGGCAGAAAACGUGACAGUAGAAUCGUCGAGGCCAAAUAAAUCUAUUGAAAUGGUUGCGGAUCUGGUUAUGAUCGCCCUUGCAAAUGGAGGAAAAGAGAGGAACGAGCAAGAAUGGAAAAGGCUGCUUCAAAUGUCAGGAUUCAGUGUAAUAAAGAUGAUGGGACUGCCUGGACUAUUUUCAAAAAUGAAGAUUAUAGAAGCCAUUAAGGUUUAA